AUGAUUUCUUCAUUCGUUGGCUGGAUUCUGUUCUCUUCCUCUUCGUCUUCCUCUUCGUCUUCCUCUUCUUCCUCCCAAUGCGAAGAAGAAGAAGAAGACGAUGACGACUACAUUUCGACUCACAAUAUUGACAUUAUCAUCAACGACGAGGAGGAGAAAAAGAAAAAAGACGUCGUCUCGACUGACGAUGAUCGCAAUAUUCCAGUCGGCAUAGCUGUCACCGACGCCUCCGCGUCUGUCACCUUAGCACUCCCCGCCACUGCCGCUGCGGUAGGGGAUCGCCCUCCGAUUACAACCACCACCACCACCACCGUCAUCGGCAAUCGAAAACGGCGUCGCAAUGACGACGACGACGACAGAGAUGCUCGGAGAUCACUGUUCCAUAGGAUUUGGACCAAGGAGGACGAGAUGGAGCUCUUGCAAGGGUUCCUGGAUUACAAAACGCGACGUGGCAGCACUCACUGCAACGACACCGCAUUGUUCUACGACCAAAUCAGGUCCAAGCUCCAGGUGGUUUUCAACAAGAACCAACUCUUCGAAAAGCUCCGCAGGCUAAAGAAGAAGUACCGGAACUUUCUUUACAAAAUCGACUCCGACAAAGAUUUUUCUUUUAGGAGCGCUCACGAUCAGGCCACGUUUGAAAUUUCUCGUAAGAUCUGGGGCGUGGACGAUGAUCAUGAUCAUGAACCAAGUCCUAACCUUGAGGACCUCAAUCUUGUCAAUGUUAAGGUGGAGAGCGAGGAAGUUGUCGGUGAUUCGAGGCCUCCCAAGGCGAUAAAAUCGAAUAAUGGGUCGGCGUCAAACCACAAAAACAUCGACAACGAUGAUCAUAACGAUAAUAUUGAGGAGACAAUGAGGAGUAGUUGUUUGUCGCCGUUGUUUAAGGAGUUGUUGAGUAAUGCCUUCAGUCCGAUGUCGGCGCCAUUGAGUCCUGCCGGGGUGUCGGCGACGACAAUGAAUUUGCGGAGCGGGGAAGCGGUGGAUGAGAAGUGGAGGGAGCAACGGAUUUUGGAGUUGGAGGAGUAUUCGAAGCGGUUGGAGUUAAUACAGGAUCAGAUUAAGGGAGCAUUGGAGGAAUUGCGGUCUAUGGGAGGGUGAUGGAACUUAAUUUGUAGACUUUUUGGGUCUUUGAUUUUCUUCUCUC